GCAGAGCGGCGGCGGCGGGGCCAGCUCGGUGCCCGCUCCGCCGGGCCAUGGCGAGCAGCGGCUCCGCGCCCGGGGGCCCGGGCCCGGGCUCGGGCACGGCGUUACCCACCCGUUUCCAGGAGACCGAGAAGCUACUGUCGGCGACCGAGGGCCGGGAGGAGAAGGGCCUCCGCGGUUCCAAAUCCUUCACGGCCGCUUUGCCCGGCGAGACGGAGCGCAACGGGCACGGUCUCGCCUACAAGUCGGUGUCGGUCGGGCAUCUGGAAGUGGCCCCACUCUCUCCAUCCCGGCUUAGCCUGGGCAGAGCCUCCUCCACGGCCACCAGCACGGUGGCACCGGAUCAGGGCCGCCCCCGGGACUACCUGGUGCUCGCCAUCUUCUCCUGCUUCUGCCCCGUCUGGCCCAUCAACAUCGUGGCCCUUGUCUUCUCCAUCAUGUCAAGGAACAGUGGGCAGCAAGGAGACGUAGACGGAGCCCGGCGACUGGGCCGCAUGGCCAGGCUGCUCAGCAUCGUCUCCAUUGUCCUGGGCACCAUCAUCAUUGUGCUCUACAUUUCGAUCAGCGUCACAGGGUCCUAGAAGCCGUUUUAGCAUGCGAAUACCUCGAAGAGGAGGAAGACAACUUUCCUUUUGGGGUUUUUACUUUCAGCCUUGCAACAAAAAGUGGUCACAGUGUAGGUGGGCAGCCUUAGACAGCCUGCUCUGGAGCGCCGUGGGAAGGAACGCAUGCUUCUACUUCACCGCCUCUUGGAAAUGAGCUUGUGCAAGUGAUGGGAUGAAAAACCAACAUCGCAGGAAGGAACGGGAGUGGGAAUGAGCAUCAGACGCCGAGCGGAGAGGAGAAAGGGGAAAUCCACUACCUCAUUCCCCUCCAGCAAAACUCACGGAGUGGGGAGACAACUAAAGUACAAGAGGAGAGAGUUUCAAGAACGAAGCCUGUUUUAAAAGGAAAAAAGAAUAAUAUUUAAGGCGAGAAUGGGGAGACUUUGGGGAGACCUCCUAAGAAUUGUGGCAGGAGUCACUGAAUUGUCGGGAGGUUGUUGGUUUUUAAAUCGUCAGAAUCGCUGUCUCUACAAUGACAACAACAAAGAAACAAACCACAAACGACAACAACAACAAAACAACAAAGCUCAAACUGCCAUCAGGAGCUGAAAGUUGUUCCAUGGAGGAGGAGGAGGGAGAGCAGAGCUGCAGCGGGGCCAUGGCUCUGCCCCGAGCGCAAGGCAGCUGCAAAAGCUGGAGGAUGUGGUGGGUGCUUUUGUAUUUUUGAUGAAAAACAAACAAACAAACCAACAACAACAAAAAAAGAGACGAUGACCAUUUGCAUGCCUUUGGGAAUGUUCUCCAUGUCUGUUCCUACUUUUGUCACUUUAGGGCAGAUGUCAGAGCUGGCAGAGCAGGAUGUUGCUGCAUGAGAACGCCAGGCUCCUCCUCGCCCCAGCCCCACGGUGGGGAUUUUAACGGAAGGGAAAGAAACGCUCUCUCUGUGCACCCACACAUUUCUCUCUCUGUGCACCCAAGGUGAGGUGAAUACCUGUGGAGCUGAGAACAGAGCCUGGUUAACCUGUAGCAGCAGUACCAGGGCACGGAGAGCCUGUUCUGCUCACACCUUUGUGUCACAUCGUGUCUGUCACACAAAAGCUUUGGUGUGAUCCGGUCCCCACCGCUGCCAGUGCUCCUCUCCCCAACUCUUUUGGGCUUCAGCUUAGGGCUUUCCAGGAGAUUUUCAGAGGCAUGCAGGAGUUUAAGACGCCUGCUCCUGUCCCCCCUCCUCCCAAACUCUUCUGAAGCUCUGAAAACCUCCAGGACCCCCAGAGCCGGCUGGGCUCAGUUCCACAAGCAGUAUUACUUUUUAACCUUUUCUAUUUAACCUAAGAAGCAAACAGACUUUGCUCCUCCUGAUCUACCUAUAGUCCCCCUGCUACGUCUUCCACACCGAGCGGCUCCUCGGCCACCUCCCAUGGGAUUUGACCCUUCCUCACCCCCUCCAGCCUCCAUCCAGCCCCGGCCCCUCUUCUUCCCCCUCCCCCUUUCCUCGCCGCGGAUUGUUACUGGGGUUGGUCCUCUGCCUGGCUCCCCCAGACUAUGCAAAGUUCCAUUGCCUGUUGUUUUAUCCAGGCUCUGUAGAUGGCCCCUGGCCAUAUCCGCUGGCUCCGUAUGAGCUGAGCCUCUCUUAGCGAAACUUUGUGGGCACCAGUCCAUGGCCAAGAGCUGCACUCCCCUGCCCUUCUGUUGUCUCCAGCUGGCAACCCGGGACCUGGAAACGAGGACUGCACUGAGAAAUGAGGGCUUGCAGGGCACUUCUGCUCCCUACCACCGACCUCCCAGAAAAAAACCCAAACCAACCCAAAUCUUAGACCAAACGUAAGACUUCCGAGGGCUUGUCUACAUGGAGAGUCUGCUGCACCACCAGGAGACACUUCACACAGUAACUGCUUGGCACUGACUUCUCUGGAGUAAAUGCGGGCACAUGGGGUAGGGGUGCACUGGAAAUUCAUGCUGUAGGCACUCUGCAGGAGCUAAGCAUGGGCAUCACUGGGAAAAGUCUCUUGCUGCCUGUUGAUUUCUCCUCUUUAAAGUCUCUUCUUCUGAUAGACAUUAUUUGAAUCCAAGGGGUAAGAAAGGCACAUCCCUUAGACAUUUUUCUCUACACUAGAAGGGAUCCCAGGGACUCACAGCAAUAGCACAUCACUACAGCACUUUCUUGGGCUCCACUCCUGUCCUCUUUGCCAGCUCUUCAUUAUUAACUGUUGGCUUCCCAAAUGGGCCACACUUGUGACCUUUAUUCUGCAAUUUAUUUUUCUGGUGAGCUUUAGCAAAGAGAGGCCACUGAGCACUGCUGGGUGUGAGCUCCCACCUGCAGCAGUGCCACAACAUCUCUUCUUCUUGAGCUUCUCAGAAACCCUCCUUUGGAGGAUUCCUUGAACCUCCCUCAGAGAUUUAAACUCUUGUGGCUGAUGAAAUCCCACCAAAUCCCCAAAACUUUUCCUUCUUUAACACUUGAAUGCAAAAGCUUGCUGGGGACCACACAUUAUUUUUUGCUGAGGUGCAUAAGAGCAGUCCUGCCUGUCCAAGCAUCUUCUUGGAGCUGCUGAAAUUCAGCUUAUGGUAAGAGCUGAGCAAGCUCCUCGUUGGGCAGAAGGAGCUGACAUUCAGGGGAAACUGCUGCAGUGAGUUAUAGGUCUUGAGGGUGCCAAGUAUUUAUUAAGUAAGACUUUAAAUGCUCUUUCUAUCAUUCUGUAAAGCCUUGCAUGCAAAGUGCUUCACCCCACUUAGAGGAUUGAAUCCUGCCACCCUUGAAGGUGGAUCAGUGUUAUGCUGCUCUGAUUGCACAGAUGGCAAAGCUGCUCGCUCACUCUACAGCUCCAAAGCCAAACCCAUCUACCUGUCUCUCCCUUAAGAGAACCAUCUAUGGACAGAGCUUUCCUUUGAACCUGAUUUUUCCCAAGGGAUCUCAGUAAACACACUUCAAAACAGGCUGGGAUACCUGCAGGCAUAGGAAUGAGGCUCCUUUGUGAGGCAGCUACAAUGGUCCUCACCAGGAGAAGUCCCAGGCUAGUAAAGCACAGAGCAGGAGAAGGCAGAAGCUUUUCCCCCAAACCCCACGGUGAUGAUUUGUGCAUGCACUCAAACGUGGUUUGUGCCUCCUGUCUUAGCCUGUACCAGGGGGCUGCUGAGGCAACUGCUUCUCAUCUUGCUGCUAAGUAUAAUAAAGAAGAAAAACUAAGACACUUAAAUCCAUUUAAUUUUUAAUCUGAUUGUACCUGAUUAGGUACAAUUGCACUGCUCUGCACUCUGGCUGAAGCUUCUUGGUCCUUACCCUGCAUUUAAAUCCAGAGGAAAGCCUCUGCAGUUACUCCUGAUAAAAUAUUUUCUCUCAACUUGGUUCUUCUGUGGUAGAGAAAGAACUUCCCCAGGGUUACCUGGAGUGCAUCUCCUCUCUGCUUUCCACUAACUUCUCUGUCAUUUUGCAGCCUGCUGUUUCACAAAGGCCUUGCCACUAGAUCCCCUGCCACACACUUCUAUCCCAGCUCAGCUGCUUACUAGGCUCUUUUAGGUACCUUAACUUGUGCUCAUUCAGGAUGGAAGAAGUUGCUGAACCCCCAGCCCUUGUCACACACCUCACAGCAGCUGCAACUAUAAGGUGAAUUGCAUCAGAACUUCAUUCUGAGGCCACCAGCAGGCACAGUUCCAUCUUUGGUCAUCAUCUCUGAUGAUUCUUUGCUGAUUUGGUGGUCACCAAAGCUCAAGCAUCUUUUCUCCCCCAACCAAGCACAACUUACUCCUCUCCGUGACUUCGUUUUUAGCACACAGGAGAGCAAUUCCAACAACUAUGUCAUGCAAAGAUUUUCUUCCUAUGCAGCCCCACAAACAAGCCCUAGCCCUCAUUUCACAGCUCUUUGCCUCCUGCUUGCACCCUCCUCUAAACACACAUCAGAAUCAUGUUCUCUGUGCUCAUCACUGUAACAGUCACCAAGUCCCCAGGAUUUGGUCAACAUCUACCCCUCAGUGAAGCAGGCAACAGAGGAGAGGUGAGAGAUCCAAGUGGUGGCAUCGCAGCCUUACCUGACAGUGCUGAGCUAGUAGGAGGAGAGCUUGCCAAAGAGAAGGAGAAGGUGGGGAAUGUCUCUAAAUGCAAGCUGCAGUAGGAGUUACGCUCGACAAGUGCGAGGUCCUGGUGGGAUAUAAAUACAUGGCUGAUGCUGCUCGGGAAGAGUCUCUGAGCAGAAUGUGUGGCUGAUGGCACCUCAAUGGCACUGGUGUCCCUGGGCUUCUCUCCACGGGGUUUGGGGGAAAGCUGGGCUCUGAGCAGAGGCACAGGAGAGCCUUUGCUGGGUCCAGCAGCACUAGAUUGAAGGCUUAAGUGGCACAAAAUCUUUGCUACUGCCGAGUAGAUGAGCAAGCUGAGUUCUGCACCAGCUUCUUGUACCUGAUCUUUUGAGGUCACUUACAGCCCCUGACACUCCAUGAUUCUUGCAGUCUGUGACAAACGAUGAUCAGAAGAGGAGUGGCACAGGUCACUUGGUCACAGUAACAUGCUGGCUGUGCUUGCAGAGGAGUCCAAAGGGAUUUGAGCACAAAGAAAGUGACGAAAGGUUCAGCUUCCAAGCUUUUGUUUACCGGAGGCUUGCUUUUCCGGGGCGGUACUUCACCCCCGUCUUUGCCAGGUUCAAGUGCUUUCCCCUCACGUUUCUAUCCCUAGAGCAAUGCACGAGGUCUCACAGGCUGCUCCAUCCCAUCCUCUGUGCUUCCUUUGCUUUGUUUGUCUCGUUGGUCAUGAGAUGUCAUUGCUGGGCUGUGCGAAAGGGGUUAUUGAGGGCUAGGGGACUUGCUGCUCCAAGGCUCUGACCCAGGCUGCUGCGGACUCCAGCAUGUCCCACUGCAGUAGUUGACCUUCCAAACAAAGACUUCUCCAUGUAGACAAGGGGAGCAGAGCCUGCCUUUCCUGUAAAAACAGAGGCCCAUUUCCAUUUGGUCUGAGCCCAGGGAGAGGCUGCAGAAUUGCAUCCACUGGACAGGUCCCACCACUGAUUCAGUUCUUUUCCCCUGACACUCCCAACCUUGUCCUGUUGCUUUGUCACUUGUCACAGAACCACAGCCAAGGCUUUGUGGUCAAGCUGAAAACAAUUCAGAUUUAAGGUCAAAUUUAUUUCAAUCUACAUCCUUUAAUUUUGGCAAAGAUAGUCAGGUUUGGACUGAAAACUCCCCGGCUUGGGCACAAGCCAAAGGGGUGGUGGGGGAGAGCAGUGGGAAUAUUUGUAAAGCAUUUGCUGACACCAGUAGGUAGCAAAAUUCAAAUCUAUAAAUACCCAUCCGGGAUAAGAAACAUCAGAAACGGGAACGUGUGCAGGAUUCACACCAAGGCAGCCCUGACACCACUUGGGAGCAGGUGUCCUUGUCAGAUGGUGCCCAGGAUGUGAUCCUUUGUGGGGAAGUGCAGGGUCUACCCCAUCCUGCCACAACCUUCAUCCAGGCACUGGCUCCUCUGGGUUUGAAGCCCCGUUGGAGGAGCUCUGUUUUGACACACAGCAUGAACGCAUUGGGAACUGCAGCUGGGAGCUUCUCUUUGCUCAUCACUGUUUCUUUUUCUGCUGGAUGAUAUGGUAUAACUUAUAUACUUUCUUUGUAUUUCUUGGCAUGAGGAAAAGAAAAAAAAGAAGAAAAAUUAAACUGUAACAUGCAUGGUCAAA